AGUCUGUGGUAUUGGACUGACUUAAGGUUUGCAUCUACAGUGACGAUGGUGUGGACGGUGGCUCUCAGUAACCUGGUGUUAGGGGUCUACGGAUUCACAUUGAUCACAGGCCUUCCCGCCAACGUCUUGGCUUUCUACACCUUCUUUCAGAAGAUUCGCCAGCGCUGCACUCCAAUGGACGUGCUGUUAUUCAGUUUAACCAUCUCUGACCUGAUCUUCCUCUUUUUCCUGCCGUUUCGCAUGGUGGAGGCGGCCAACAUGAAAUGGACGCUGCCUUACUUCCUCUGCCCGCUGUCGGGAUUCAUCUUCUACUCCACCAUCUACAACAGCACCUUCCACCUGACAGCCAUCAGCGUGGAGCGCUACCUGGGUGUAGCCUUCCCCAUUAAAUACAAGCUCAAACGUAACUCUCGAAAUGCCGUGAUAGCCAGUGUCAUAUUCUGGCUGAUUUCCAUGGCGCACUGCAGUAUCGUCUACAUCAUGCAAUACCACGAUAGUUCGAACCCCAACUACACGGCACCGUACACACGGGACACCUGUUAUGAGGAAUUCAGCAUUGAACAGCUCAAGAUCCUCCUGCCGUUUCGCCUGGAGCUUUUCGCGGUGCUCUUCGCCAUGCCGUUCCUCAUCUGCUGCUUCUGCUACAUCAAAUUCAUCCACAUCCUCUCCAAUCUGCCCAACAUCAAUGCCAAGAAACGGUAUAGAGCCAUCGGGAUGGCGUUGGGCACACUUCUGGUCUUCAUUAUCUGCUUCAUGCCCUACAACGUCUCGCACGUGAUUGGAUAUGUAGGCAACUACAGCCCCGACUGGCGAGUUUAUGCUCUGCUCACAAGCACGUUUAACGCGUGCCUCGAUCCAUUCAUAUUCUACUUCUCUUCUUCGGCACUCAGAGGAACUUUCAAGAACGUCUUUCAGGAGUUGUCGAGGCGGCUGCUCCAGCCCUGCUUCCGCUCAGCUCUCUAUUGUCCUCUGGUGAACUGUUCGAGUACAGAGGCGAAAACUCAGAGCACGACUGACAGCUCUCUGUAACAUCACAAGCCGGGACGCAGAGUUUGAUUCGAUUGACCUGCUAAAUGUGACUCAAUCUGAGAGGUGUCUGCUGUAGAAGAGCCAGUAUUUUCUGUGUUUUCUUCUGACUGCAGUUGAGCAAUGUCAGCACAUGCUGAUCAAUCCAAAAGCAAAUGAACACAAUUCUGAUGCGCGACUUAAUGGACCUGUAUAAUGGACCACUAUUACUAUAGAGGUUCCAGUAUUUUUUUCCAUUCAUUUUUCCUAUAGGGAUCUUCAUUAAAGCACUAUAAGCAGUGAACCAAACCAACCAGCUACGAGGUGAACCAUAACAUUACAAACUUUGAUUUGAAACAAAAAAGU